UGAGAUCACCAAACAAUGGCGGUUUGCUUUCAAAAACGAUGCAUUACAGACGAUUCAACCACCCUCUUCUCAACAUCCAACUCGCCGGAGGAAACCACCAGUGUUUCCUCCUCUUCUUCCCACCACCACUCCCCACCGUUACCCACUGCUUCCAUUUCCAUUAAGAAACUCUCUGUCAGGAAUCUCUCAUUUUCUGUUCUUCCAAAAAGUUCAUUUCCCGACCUGAUUCGAAGACCCAAACCCAUUAACGUUCUCAGCUCUGUCUCAUUUACAGCAAGAAGUUCUCAAGUUCUCGCCAUUGUUGGCCCAAGUGGAACCGGCAAAUCUUCUCUGCUCAGAAUUCUAUCAGGGAGAGUGAAAGAGAAGGAUUUCAACCCCAAAUCGAUCUUAAUUAACAAUCAAACGAUGAAAAGUCCUGAGCAAUUGAGGAAGUUAUGUGGGUUCGUGACACAAGAAGACAAUUUGCUUCCUCUUCUGACUGUAAGAGAAACCAUGAUGUUCAUGGCCAAGUUGAGGCUCAGGGAAUUGGGUUCAGAAGAGAUAGAAGAAAGAGUAGAGAGAUUGAUGCAGGAGCUUGGAUUGGUUCAUGUGGCAGACAGUUUUGUAGGAGAUGAAGAGAAGAGAGGGGUAUCUGGAGGGGAAAGGAAAAGGGUCUCAAUUGGAGUUGAAAUGAUCCAUGAUCCACCAAUUCUUCUCCUUGAUGAACCAACUUCAGGCUUAGACAGCACUUCCGCCCUUCAAGUUAUUGAGCUUCUCUCUUCAAUGGCUACAACUAAACAAAGAACAGUGAUUCUUUCAAUCCAUCAACCAGGCUACAGAAUCCUCCAAUACAUUUCCAAGUUCUUGAUUCUAUCCCAUGGUUUAACAGUUCAUUUUGGAAGCCUCAAAUCACUGGAAAAGAGGAUCGGUGAAAUGGGAAUUCAAAUCCCAAUUCAAUUGAAUGCCCUAGAAUUUGCUAUGGAAAUCAUUGAUAAACUGAAAGAAGAAGAAGAAGAAGAAGAAGAAGAAACCCAGCUCUCCUCCUCCCCAGAUUGGCCAGAAGAAGCCAUUGAAAGAGUUCAACAAGAUAACAAUACCAGCAAACAGAUAUCAUUCUUUUCCACAUCAAAUUUCCUAGAGAUUAUGAUUCUUUGCUCAAGAUUCUGGUUGUUAUUAUACAGAACAAAGCAGCUAUUUCUAGGAAGAACAUUGCAAGCCAUUGUUGGAGGAAUAGGGCUCGGAAGUGUUUACCUGAGAGUGAAAAGAGAUGAAGAAGGAGUUGCAGAAAGAUUAGGGCUCUUUGCUUUCAGUCUCAGUUUGCUUCUCUCUUCCACAGUUGAAUGUCUCCCCAUUUUCCUCCAAGAACGAAGGGUUUUAAUGAAAGAAGCCUCAAGAGGAGUCUACAGAAUCUCCUCUUACAUGAUAGCCAACACCGUCGUCUUCCUUCCAUUUUUGCUCGCCGUCGCCGUUUUCUUCGCCGCUCCAGUCUAUUGGCUCGUAGGGCUAAAUCCGUCGAUCGAGGCCUUCGCCUUCUUCACGUUCGUCGUUUGGCUCAUCGUAAUGAUGGCUAGUUCGUUGGUGCUCUUCCUCAGCGCCAUUUCGCCGGAUUUCAUCACCGGAAACUCCUUGAUCUGCACCGUCCUAGGCGGAUUCUUCCUCUUCUCUGGCUACUUCAUUCCGAAACAGAACAUUCCGAGAUUUUGGAUGUUCAUGUACUACAUCUCCCUGUAUCGGUACCCUUUGGAGGCGAUGCUAGUGAAUGAAUAUUGGAAUGCUAAAUUGGAGUGUUUCUCGUGGAUUGAUCAAGCGCGGCGACCGGUCUGCGUUCUCACCGGCGACGAUGUGCUGAAGAACGCAGGACUUGAUGGGGAUAUUCGUUGGAUGAAUGUGGGGAUUAUGAUUGGGUUUUUCGUGUUCUAUCGAUUGCUCUGUUGGAUUGUUCUUGCUCGCCGAGCUUCCACAACAACUAUAUGAUUUCUCAUCAACUAAAAUUAUGUUAAUCAAUAAAAUGGUUUCUUUU